UCACCCACCUCGGAAAAAUCUAAAGAAGACCUCGUAGAAGUAGAAAAUCCGCCAUGGAUGAUUCUUGGUUGGUUCAGUGCCAAAACUCGAACGCGAUUGAGUCUUUAUGGGAGGAUUCUCUUCCUUUCAACGUGAACGAUUCCCAGGAAAUGGUGCUGUUGGAGGUGUUAGCGGCGGAGACGACGAGCGGCAAAGAGUCGUCGGAGACGACGAACGCGUCGGAAGAGGAGGUGAGUUCGGAGGAGGGGCGGAAGAAGAAGGCGGCGGAGAAGAGCUACAGAGGGGUUCGGAAGCGGCCGUGGGGGAAGUUCGCGGCGGAGAUAAGGGACUCGACGAGGAACGGAGUUCGGGUUUGGCUGGGGACGUUCGACAGCGCGGAGGCGGCGGCGCUGGCGUACGAUCAGGCGGCGUUCGCCAUGCGGGGUUCGCUGGCGGUGAUGAACUUCCCGGAGGAGGUGGUGCGGGAGUCGCUGCGGGAGAUGAUGAAGUGCGGGUUCAAGGAAGGGUGUUCGCCGGUGGUGGAGCUGAAGAGGCGCCACUCCAUGAUCCGGAAGAGAUCGUCGGCGUGCCGGCGGAGCAGAGCCAAGGAGAAUAAUGUGGUGGUGGUGCUGGAGGAUUUGGGGGCUGAGUUCUUGGAGCAGUUGCUCACUUCGUCGGAAUCCGCCACAACUUCAACUUGGUGAAACAUUACUGUCUCCUAACCCCUAGCUGGUUCUAAACUUAGAACCAAAACAAAAAUCUGUAUCCUCCCCUGUUGUAUCAUUUGUUCAUCACUUCAUUUAAUUUUUCCUUCUUCCAUAAAA